AUCGUUCUUUGAUUUAAAAGACCUUCUCUGUAGCUCUUUAGAGGCCCGCCACCUUACGCUCCUCUUCCUAUAGCCUCGACUUUGUCGGCCUAGCCGUCUUCGUCAUUUGCUCUAAAUGACCGAAUAUGAUUACUCUCCUGAAGGAUAUCAACGCUAUCUCGAUACCCAAAGGAGAAUCUCAAAGUGGGUGCAAAAUACUAAUGCUCACGCGUCUGAAUUCCGCUCGCCGUUCGGAACCUUCAACCCAAUCAGAGUCUCCGAGGAAUCAUCUAGUAGCAGAACUCGGACGUCUACCGUAAGCUCCAAGCCUCAUGGAGACAGGAAUAUUAUAGAGCGAGGAAGAGGAAUGGACGAUAGAGAAAGGAGGCAUAGCAUGUCAGCGACGACAUUUAGGCAGGGUGCAAGUGGCGCGUCGAAUGUUGAUUUCCAUACGCAACGCUCACCUGCGCAUACAUCUCAAGUGAGGCAUUCGUAUCCGUACUCUCCUGCCCCUCAGGAGAGUUACACAGCUACCAGAACCGCGUAUGCUGCUCCGACGCAAUCUCGGCGAGCGCAGUCUCUCUCCUCGCCGCCAUCUCAACCCCAAUCCCGACAUCGUGCUCAUCACCACCAUCAUAAUACACCUUCACAAUCCGCAGCUCAUGCAUCUCGGCCACAUAAACUCGAUUCUCCUAGAAGAAGCACCACUCCUCCUGAUUCACAUCAUAGACAUAGCACGCAUCGUCCCUCUUCAUCUAACAGAUCCAACCACCAUCAUCAACAUCAUUCACGAUCACAAUCCACUCCACGCCCUUCUUCCAAAUUAGGCUCUCCUCUUGCGGUUGCUCCUGCCUAUGCCGUUGUAGGUGGUCGUGCAUACGUAUCCAACCCUGGAGGCUACCUAGUCAUACCACCAAAGGGUAAAAAGCUGAGUGUUGUUGUAAGUCAUUCACCCAGGACUCCUUGAUUCAAGGUCUUAAGCCUCAUCUGUCGUCAGUAUACAUGAAAUUCGUCAUUAAUUCUUUGUGGGAAACGACCUCCGCAAUAUGUUAUUCCUGAAGCCUGUCGUACGACAAGA